AUCAGAACUGGAGAUAAGUGUUCCGGGAUCUGUGCCUGGCCUGUGCGGAAAGCACCUGCCUCCCACGUGGCCUCACCCAACCAGAGGGGAUUUCCGGCGACUCUCCAGCCGGCCUUUCAAGGAAAAUGAAAGUGAAAGGGAGAAGUGGAGGUUUCAGAGCUGAGCAGAUCGCUGCGCCAUGAAGCCCCUGUCUCUGCUCCUCUCCGUGGCUUUGGGCUUGGUGACCGCCGUCUCGGCGGGACCCGCGGUGAUAGAGUGCUGGAUGGUGGAGGACGCGGGCGGGGGCCGCCUGACCAAGAAACCCGCCGCACUGCUGCUGCGCCAGGGCCCAGGGAGACUACCUCCCCGGCCGGACCUGGAACCCGAGCUCUACCUCAAAGUGCGCGACCCCGCGGGAGCCCUGCAGGCUGCCUUCAGGCGGUACCCCUCGGACGCCCCUGCGCCACACUGCGAGAUGAGCCGCUACCUCCCGCUCCCUGCCUCGGCGAAUUGGGCCAGUGGCUUGACCCCGGAGCAGAGCUGCCCUCGGGCCCUGGAUGGGACUUGGCUCAUGGUCAGCGUGUCCAGCCCGAUCUUAAGUCUCUCCAGCUUCCUAAAACCAGAGUCCGAGCCUCAGCCGGAACCUAAUCUCAUCACCAUGGUAACAGCUGUGCUGACUGUCCUCACCCACACCCCCACCCCUCGGAUCCGACUGGGACAAGAUGCUCUGCUGGACUUGAAGUUUGCCUACAUGCCCCCCGCCUCUGAGGCCGCUACAUCUCUGGCCCCAGGUCCCCCUCCCUUUGGGCUGGAGUGGCGACGCCAGCACCUGGGCAAAGGGCACCUACUCCUGGCUGCAACGCCUGGGCUGAGUGAGCAAAUGCCACCUGCCCAAGAGGGGGCAGUGGCAUUUGCUGCUUGGGAUGAUGAUGAGCCGUGGGGUCCGUGGACUGGAAAUGGGACCCUCUGGCUGCCUGCAGUGAAGCCCUUCCAGGAGGGCACCUAUCUGGCCACUGUACACCUGCCAUACCUACAAGGGCAGGUCGCUCUGGAGCUUGCUGUACAGAAGCCACCCAAAGUAUCCCUGACACCGGCACCUCUUGUAUGGGCUACCCGGGGGGAGGCACCCCCCCAGUUGCAAUGCCUCGUGUCCCACUUCUAUCCCUCUGAGGGUCUGGAAGUGGAGUGGGAGCUCCGGGGUGGCCCAGAGGGCAGCUUUCAGAAGGCUGAGGGGCAGAAGUGGCUCUCUGCCCUGCUCCACCACUCAGACGGCACCGUCAGCCUCUCUGCGCACCUGCAGCCGGUCCCCAUAACUGCCGAGCAUCAUGGGGCACGCUAUGCCUGUCGUGUCCACCACCCCACUCUGCCGGCCUUGGGGCGCAGCGCAGAGGUCACCCUGGAGGUGGCAGGUCUGUCUGGGCCCACCCUGGAGGAUGGUGUAGGCCUCUUCCUGUCUGCCUUUCUCCUCCUCGGGCUCAUCAAAGCACUGGGCUGGGCUGCUGCCUACAUGUGUACUUCGAAGGAUUCAAAGGAGAAGGUAAUAGCUUCCUCUUCUUUUCUUUCCCUUUUCAUUUGAGACCCUCCCUGCAACUCCUCACUGGUAGAGGAAGGCUCUGGCUUCCACUGGCAUGGUGGGCAGAACCUGAACUUGGAAUUCACACACACCUGGGUUAACUCCUGCUACUUUGAAUAUUCCACUUAACCAACACCUCAGUUUCCUUGGGUGUGAGGGUAAAAAAAAAAAAAAAAUUA